GCACAAAGGAACUGAAGAAGGCCAGUGAAGCUGGAGUAUAGUGGAUAAUAGGAAAAAGGUACGAGAUAAAUUUGGAGAAUAGACAGAGUCCAGGAUCUUAGAAGUCUUUGGAAGCCAGGGCAUUGUUAUGUAAGAAUGGAAGAGGAUACAGAUUUUAGAAUCAGGUUUAGUUCUUUGUGUUUCAUUACAGAUCACGUUGGAUUUCAUGGCACCAUAAAAAGCUCACCAAGUGACUUUGUUGUUAUUGAGAUUGAUGAACAGGGACAGUUAGUUAAUAAAACCAGUGAUGAACCUAUUUACAAGGUUAAUAAAAUACUACCUGGGCCAAAUAAUUUGGCUAAAAAAACAAAACUAGAUCCUCAAAAUUUAUCCUUUGAAGAGAGAAGCAAUCAAGAAGUCAGUACUUUGGCUGGGUGCUCUGGUGAUGACCAAAAUUAUGAGCCUGGUUCAGAAAAGGAAGAUACUAUCGAAGAUGGAACUUCCAAAGGUGAAGAAGAAAACAUUGAUGUAUUAGGAUCCUUGUUAGAUGAAAAAACUAAUGAAUUACUGAAUCAGUUUGCCUGUGAUGUAAAAGAGAAGUGGAAUUCUAAAACUGAACUAAUUGGACCGUCUCCUGAAUUCUCAUUAGGCAGAAUCCUUGACAAAAACCAGAGGGCUAUUUUGCAUAGUGCUAUUAGGCAGAAAUUUCCUUUUUUAAUAACUGUAGGAAAAAACAGUGAAAUUGUUGUAAAACCAAAUCUUGAGUAUAAAGAACUCUGUCACUUGGUAUCUGAAGAAGAAGCAUUUGACUUUUUAAAAUAUUUGGAUGCAAAGAAAGAAAAUUCCAAAUUUACCUUUAAACCUGAUAUAAACAAAGAUCACAGAAAGGCUGUCCACCAUUUUAUCAACAAAAAGUUUGGAAAUCUUGUGGAAACCAAAUCUUUUCCUGGACCGAAUUAUAGUGCUGAUAAUCCAAAUGUAGUGAUAACAGUAAGAUUUCGGGAAAAAGCACACAAGCACAGGAAAAGAUCUCUUCCUGAAUGCCAGGAAAGAAAAGUUAUAUACACAGCCUUUACCCUACGAAAAGAAAAUCUGGAAAUGUUUGAAGCAGUUGGUUUUUUAGCUAUCAAACUUGGAGUGAUUCCUUCGGAUUUUAGUUAUGCAGGACUUAAAGACAAGAAAGCCAUCACUUAUCAAGCAAUGGUUGUUAGAAAAGUGGCACCAGAGAGGUUGAAAAAUAUUGAAAAAGAAAUUGAAAAGAAAAGAAUGAAUGUAUUUAAUAUUCGGUCUGUAGAUGAUUCCCUUAGACUCGGUCAACUCAAAGGAAAUCACUUUGAUAUUGUCAUCAGAAAUUUAAAAAAUCAAAUAAAUGAUUCUGCAAACCUGAGAGAGAGAAUUUUGGAGGCAGUAGAAAAUGUUAUGAAUAAAGGGUUUGUGAAUUACUACGGACCACAGAGAUUUGGGAUGGGAAGGAAAGUUCACACAGACCAAAUUGGAUUGGCUUUGCUGAAGAGUGAAAUGGUGAAGGCUGUAAAAUUAUUUCUUACACCCGAAGAUUUGGAUGAUCCUGUAAAUAGAGCAAAGAAAUAUUUUCUUCAAACUGAGGAUGCUAAAGGCACACUUUCACUGAUGCCUGAAUUCAAAGUUCGGGAGAGAGCACUGUUGGAGUCCUUGCAUCGCUUUGGCGUGACAGAGGAGGGCUGUAUCCAGGCAUGGUUCUCUUUCCCCCAUUCCAUGCGCAUAUUCUAUGUUCAUGCAUAUAGCAGCAAAAUCUGGAAUGAGGCAGUAUCUUACAGACUUGCAACCUAUGGAUCAAGAGUGGUGGAGGGUGAUUUGGUCUGUUUGGAUGAAGAUAUUGAUGAUGAGCAUUUACCAAGUAGUAAAGUUCAUCUAGUAACUGAAGAAGAGGAAUCAGCUAAUACAUAUGCAAUACAUCAGGUGGUUCUUCCAGUGCUUGGAUACAAUAUUCAGUACCCAAAGAACAAACUAGGAAAGUGGUACCAGGAAGUACUCAGCAGAGAUGGACUACAGACAUGUAGAUUUAAAAUACCUGCUCUGAAACUGAAUGUUCCAGGAUGCUAUAGAAAGAUUUUGAAACAUCCCUGUAAUCUCUCAUACCAGCUAAUAGAAGACCAUGAUAUUGAUGUCAUGAAGGAAGGUUCCCACAUCGAUGAAGCAACUUUAUCUCUUUUGAUCUCUUUUGAUCUUGACGCUUCGUGUUAUGCUACAGUUUGUCUGAGGGAAAUAAUGAAGCAUGACUUUUAAAACUGAUCCCUUUAAUAUAAUCGUGUAUGUGCCACUUUUUAAAUGAAAGGGAGCUAAAGUUUCUUGAGCAUCUACCAUGUGCUAGGAGCUUUAUAAUUGUUAUCUCCUUUAAUUACACAACAUCCCGAUGAAGUAGGAAUUUGAUACUAACAUUCCAGAGGACAUAUAGCUAGUAAGUGGCAGCAUCUGAGUUGAAGACUCCAAAGCCUUUGUUCUUUCUAUUAUCUAAUAUCCCGGUGACCUUUAGUCUGUGCUAUAAAAGUUAGUCUUUCUGGACUAUUAGGAGCAUAUAAUACUGCAGGAUGACAUUAAAGAAGAUGACAUUAAAGGAAAACAGUUUUGGAGUAAUGUUUAUAUCCUCAAGCUCCUUGCUUAGAAUGUAGAUGAAACUGGGUUGUAAUGAAAACAGGGUUGGAAAGAUAGAUGAAGCAUUUUGUUAAUUAUUGCCAUUCUUUACUAUUUUUGAAAUUAUUGAUCAGAAAAGUACAUCAGGAAAAUAUAAUCCCUCUAUUUAUGAUAGCUACCCCAGGGUAGUUUACCCCUUUAUGAGGUAAGUAAUCUUUGAUGAAGAUUGAAAUAAAAUUUUUCCUACAGUUUCUUUAUCUUGACAUAUAUUGACCCUCCACUUUUUUGUUAUUUUUGUUCUAUCAUCUAAAACAUAAAUUUUUAGAGUCAGACUGAUCUGUGCUCAAACUCCAGCUCUGACACUUACUAGUGACUGGGUGUUAUUGAUUCUUUUUGAGGCUCACGUAAGGAAUCAAGAUAGCACCAGUCUCAUAAGCAGCAAACAAUAGAAUUAUCUCCACCUUUUUACGUUGCUGGAGGAAGAAAACAUUUUACCCAUUUUGAAAAUUCUAUAUUUGUUGGUUUAACUCUCCCGCAUCACAAACCAUCCUUAUCCACUUUACGUCAGGUACAUUUGGGGGCAAAUGGGAUAUACUGAUUGGGAAAAUCUGAGCAUUCUUUUAUUGCUAGUAGCAUUACAUAAUGACUUAAAAAGCUGUCAAGAGUAUUAUAUAUUAGUAAUGUGGCACUUUUAUAUACUUAAGUCAGUCAAACCAUUCUGGGUAUAUUAGCAUAAGGAAAUAAAAUUCCAAAGAAGGAAAAAAACUGUAUGCAAUGCAAAAUUUGCUUAGUGCAGCAUUUCUAUAUAUAUAGAAAGAAAUUAGAAACAGUUUGGAAGUCCAACAUUAGCUAACUAAAAGUAAAAUGAGAUGUAACAACUUGAUGGCAAAACAUUUAGUUAUUAAAGUUGAUGAUGAAGGUUUUAGGUAUGUGAGAAAAUGUUGCCCCACAAAACCAUGUAUAUAUGUAUAUAACCAUAUAUAUAAAACACAAAUGCAGUAUGUACACUGCAUGCAGCUUUUACACAGGAGAGGCACUUUAGCAUAGUGAUUAAAAGCUUAGAUGCUGGGGACAGACUCCCCUAGUUUGAAGGUUGCCUCUGCCACUUAGAGCAGUAUGGCCUUGGCCAAGUUGUUUAAGCUUUGUGUGUUUCAGUUUCAACAUCUAUAAAACAGGGAUGGUAAUAAACCUACCUCUUAGGAUUAUUGUGAUGAUUUACUGAGUUAAUAUAUGUAAAGCAGCUUAGAAAAGUGCCUAGCAUUUAGUGAUUGUUAAAUAAAUGUUCACAAAUGCAAGUUUGGAAGGGAACAGAAAAAAAUGCAAAUACCAUUCUGUUAAGAUCAUAGAAUGUUUGGAAUUUUUUUAAUACUAGAAAGUUCCUCUUUUGUCUUUAUGUAUUUUAAUAAUAAACAAAUCCAGGACACAAAACGUGCAGAUUGUGGUACCAUGGAUUUUAAAAAUUACCUUUAUUGCCUUAAUGUUUAUUGAAAAUGAAAUGAUGCUAUAUUAAAUAGUAAAAAAAUUUAGAAAUAAUGUUUUAACUUUAUUUUAUAUGAUAAAUUAUAUCUUAUAAAUGUAAUCAGACAGUGAAUUACUAAAUAAGUCCCAGUUUUCUUUUAAUCAUUGGGUAGCAAUUAGAAAAUAUGAAAUCAUUAAAAAUGUGCCAUGAUUGAUAGUAUUUUCUUUGCCUGUAGAUGGCACUAUAAUUUUAGGUAUCUUUCUAAUUUAUUUAUUUAGUACUUUGGCCCUGUGUAAAGAAAGGAUCACUAAAGUUAUUUCAGGUCACCAUAAAAUGUAUUCAGAUACUGUUCCUGUGAAAAAUUAUUUUAUAUACUAAUAAUAUUUGCCACGUUAAUUUUUUUUUUUUCUUUUCAGUAAGGACUUGAAUAGACUUUGGACCAAAUGAUGAGCGGUCACCUAGGUUUUUGCAGUUUUUCUGGAGCAUUUCAGGCUUUCAGAAGAAGAAUCUUUGGAUUAGCUUUAAUUUUCAACGUUGCAUUUGAAACUGAGCAAUAGUGCCUCAGGAUUACUAAGGAACCAAUAGAAGAACCGGGAAGCAGUUAUUCUGAAUUCAAAGAACAUUCUUCCAAGGCAUUGAAAGAGAAAACUUUAAUUUCAAAGUGAAGCAUUUGAUGAUUGUGUUUUUAAUGUACAUAUUCUCUCUCAUUUUGAUUGUUGUGAUAAUUUUCUAACUGACCGCCCCCAUUCUUCACUCUAACUGGUCUAUCUUUGUAUAUAUACGCAUGUCAGUUACCGAACCCCCCCCACCCCCCGCCAAAAAAAAAAAGUAGAAAUCUGAUCCUGUCAUUGUGUUGAGACCAUAUAACAUUUCAGUGGCUUCCCAGCACCUAUGGAAUGAAAGUCCAAAUUCCUAAACACAGCACAUGUAGACAUGUACAGCAUGGUUUCAGAUUAUCUUUCAAAUGUCAUCUGCCUCUUACUCUGUAAAACACCUUUUGGUUAAGUUCUGUUUGCUCCUUGCCAAAUAUAGCAAGUUUUCUCAUGUUUUGUACCUCAACCUCCCAUUCUCCAUGGCAGAAAGUCCUCUAUGUUUAGGUUAAAUAAAUGUCUUGUCUGUGAAAUCUGUGUUCUCAUAACAUUCGUACUGUUCAUAUCAUGUUAUACUUAUUUGAUUGAAUAUCUGGCUCAUCUACUACUAACUAUUUAAGGGCAUUCUUCUUUAUAUCUCAGGUACCCAUCAGUGCCUGACAUGUAGUAGGCUUAAAAAUGCUGAAUGAAUACCACAAACACACCUUAGUAAAGUUACUUGGUAAAUAUAUGUAUCGCAGGAAAGUUCUAAAAUAGCCUUUUACCCUCACAGAAAGUUUAGAGUAUUAGAAUUGGAACUCAUUAUAAUGCCUUUCCACUUCUAUGUGAAUUGCCAAAAUAAUUUUAAUGGUUUCAUCUUUGUCAUCACUACCUGUAAAAUGCCUGCUUUUGAUUUAAAUAUUAAAUGCAUUGUAGAAUUUCACUUAACAACUCAGAACAAGCUGUCAGGGAAUGUAACCAUUCUCAUGUUACAAAUGAAGAUUCUAGGGCUUGAAGAGGUUAAGUAGCGCUUACCCUAGGUUGCAAAGAGAGUUUACCCUAGCUCUUUUUGUUUUCAAGGCCCAUGGUGAUAACUUCUUUGCUCUGCUGAUUCCUAAUGCAAAAUGCCUCAGUUCACUUUGCUUAACUAGUGAUUAUUUAAUUUCUGCCCAUCUCUGAAUUUACCUGUAUAUUUCUAGUACUUAUGACAUUAAGGCAACCUGGGGGAAGACUCACUAAGUGACAAAAUGAUAAUGGCUGUUAAUCAUUGGGCACUAUGUGCUUAGCAUUUUACAUCUUACCAAUAAGCACUUACCUAUGGGAUAAGUACCAUUAUUUUUAUUUUAUAGAUGAGGACACAGAGAUAGAAUACAGUUAAGAACCUUGAGAAGGGUGAAACACAGAGCCAGAGCUGAAACUUAGAUGCUUUUUCUUACAGAAUUCAGAGACUCUUAAGCCAUGAACUUGGUUUGAAAUUAAGUGGUAGUGACUCCGGUUAUGUCACAGAGCCAACACAAAUGUUCUCUUGAGGAAAUUGCCUUCAUCCCAGGUUUCCCAUACAUGUUCAAAGACAGUAAGCAGCACAGAAAAAAAAGAAAAAAAAAAAAAGCAAGGUGUCAUGAAUAAGUGUCAGCAGAAACAAAAGACAAUAUAAAUAGACCUGCAGGACUUCAGAAUAAUAGACAUGGACUUCAUUUUAACUAUUUUUAAAGAAGUAAGAGACGAGCUUGAAAAUCUGCGGGGAACAAGAAGCUACAACACAAUCUAGUAUAUUUGAAAAAGAACCAACAGACUUUCUAGAAGUAAAAAUGUAGUAAUCAAAACUUAAAACUCAUGAGUUUAAUAACAUUACACAAAAUUGAAAGCAAAUUAGUAAAUUGGGCCUAAAAAAAUCCAGAAAGGAGCAAUGAGAUUUUAAAAAAUUACAGAGGUGAGACAUGGAGGAUAGAGUGAGAAAAUUCAAGAUACAUUUAAUUGGAAUCUGAAGGAAAGGAGAAAGGAUAAGGUAAAGGUAAAGGCAAUAGUUGAACAGAUAGUGGCUGAGAGUUAUCUGGAACUAAUAAGACACUAAAAUACAGAUUUCAGAAGUCCAAUGAAUCCCCAGUUGUGUAAAUAAAAAUAAAGCCAGAUUGAGAUACAUCAUAGUGAAU